AAGGGCAGGGCGAGGGGAACGUGGUACGAGCAGGAUGAACUAAAUUUGUAUUAGAGAAAAAAGAAGAAGAAAAAAAAAAGAAGCGGGGGCAGUCCAGAGGAAAAAAACUUCCGAAGAAGUACUGAGCGCCAACGGAGACAGAUCGGCUGCACCCCUGCCCAGCCCUGCGCUGCCAACAGCUUUCAGGAUGAGUUUCCUACUCUUCGCGGUCACAGCCCUCCAUGUUCUUAUCCUCAUUUUACUCUUCGUAGCCACCUUGGACAAGUCAUGGUGGGUUCUGCCUAACAGAGAAACAGUGAACAUCUGGAAUGAAUGUCUGAUGGAUAACCAGCACCAGAACUGGACUUGUCACCCGGUGUCUGACAGUAAAUGGCUUCAUGGAGUCCAGGCAUUCAUGGUUUUAAGCCUUCUCUUCUCCAGUUUAGCUUUCAUUAUUUUCAUGUGGCAGCUCUACACGAUGAAGCGGGGAAGCCUGUUUUACGCCACAGGGAUUUUCCAGAUAUUGACUGCUGUUUCUGUGUUCACAGCUGCCUUGAUCUACACUAUUCACGUGGACACGUUCCAGCAGGGUCGAAUGCCCGGUGGCUCUUACGGUCACUGUUUUGUCCUAGCCUGGCUUGCUUUUCCCUUGGCCCUUGUUAGUGGGAUUGUUUACAUCCACCUUCGGAAAAAAGAGUGACUUACAACGAGGGAACUUCUCCGUUCACCUUGGAAGGAGACUUGUGCUCCUUUCAAUUCAGCUAUGCAUUCAUUCUUCGCAGUUUUUGAAAGCACUCAUGGCACGAAAUUCUAUGCAAUGGGUAACUUGAUCUGUGGGGGUUCUUGCAUUAUAAGCACACGGUUUUCUUUUGCAUACAAGUAGUUCUCGACUUAUGACCACAAUUGAGCCCCAAAUUUCUGUUGCCAAGCAAGACCAUUUUUAAAGUGA